AUGGAGGCGGAGGUCGAUAAGCUGGAACUGAUGAAAAAUCCUGUUACACUCUUAAAGGAAUUGUCAGCAAUAAAGUCUCGAUAUCAAACUUUGCACGCACGCUUUAAACCAAUUGCUGUCGAGCAUAAAGAGACUAAGAGCCGCAUUUGUGCUACUUUCAAUAAGACUAUGACCUUGAUACAAGAACUACAAAAGCAAACAGACCUGAAGCUGUUACCACUGACUGAAGAAGAGAAAACUGCGGCAGAGCAAUUAAGAGCUCACAUGUCAGACUUAUGA